AUGGGGAGUGCAGGUGGAGGUGAAGAGAUGCUGGUGGUCUCGCAUGGCAGGAAGAAGGUGCAGGGCUCCGGGGAGCAGCCAGAGCUGACAGACAGACCUCGCCUGCCUCGGUACCACCGCCCCAGCACGGGGCUGCCGGGCGGCUCAGGGCCGCGUCCAGCACUCGUCCUAACUGCGCCAGCACCCAGCGAGGAGCUGGUGGCACCACCAUGUCCCAGGCAGAAGGUACGGCUCAGCCCUCGAUCUGUCCCGGGGGAGGCGCAGGUUUUGCACGGGGACCUCAGAGGCCAGGAGAUCUUUGAAUACUGCGAUGUGGUCAUCAACAGCCAGGAGAAGGUUUUGGACGUGUACACACAACUGGAGAAACUGGGAGAGGGAAAAUUUGGGACAGUGUAUCGGCUGCAGGAAAAAGCCACUGGCAAAAUCCGGGCUGGGAAAUACUUCCGGACGCGGACAGUUAAAGAGAAGCAGGCGGCUCAGGCUGAGGUGGAACUCAUGAACCUUCUGCAUCACCCACGCCUUGUGCAGUGCCUCGCCGCCUUCCAGGGCCCCACUGAGCUGGUGAUGGUGAUGGAGUACGUGGCAGGCGGGGAGCUCUUUGAGCGCAUCGUUGACGACGACUUCGAGCACACGGAGCCCAGCAGUGCUCAGUACGUGCGGCAGAUCCUGGAGGGGCUGCGGUUCAUGCACGGCCAGGCCAUCGUCCACCUUGACCUCAAACCCGAGAACAUCGUCUGCGUCAGCCCCAGCAGCCACUGGCUCAAGAUCAUUGACUUUGGUUUGGCGCGGAAGCUGGCUCCAGACACCCCUGUGAAGGUGUUGCACGGCACCCCUGAGUUCAUGGCUCCAGAAGUGGUCGCCUUUGAGCCCGUGGGCUUCUCCACGGACAUGUGGAGCGUUGGUGUCAUCUGCUACAUCCUGCUGAGCGGGGAGUCCCCCUUCCAGGGGGACAAUGACAUGGAGACGCUGAGCAACAUCACAGCUGCCCAGUGGGACUUUCCGGAGGAGACCUUCUCGGAGAUCUCCCAGCACGCCAAGGACUUCAUCAGCCAACUGCUGCAGAAGGACCCCCGCCGCCGACUUUCCAGCGUGGGGGCUCUGCUGCACCCCUGGCUGCAGCAGCCCCAGCCCAGCAGCACCAAGGCGCUGUCAAAGGAGAGGAUCAAGCAGUUCCUGACUCGUCGGAAGUGGCAGAAAACAGGCAAGGCUCUGCUGGCCCUCAACAGGUUGACCCUGCUGUCCCAGGGCCCGGAGAGGAAAGCGUCAGAGGCUCAGGAUGAGGAAGACCCGGACUGCAGCCCAGAGGAGGACCAAGCCUCUGGGUCUCUGCCCCGACGAAGUCCCGGCUUCUCAGAGCUGCUCAUGGAGGAAGAGGAAGGUGGGAGUGCUGCGCCCGCAGGGGAGGCAGAGAACGUGGCCGUGCCACCUCAGCCCUGGACCACCUAG